UUUGCAUAAGUUUCUAAGCAAACUUCCUUCCAUUCACUAGGUUCAACACCUGAAAUGUGAUUGUGAAGGCUCUGAAAUCUCCUGACCUUUGGAGAAUAGCUUCCAGCCGCCAUUGUCCUGGCGCGAUCGGAAUAUACAUACAGAUCUGUGUUAUACCAACCAGCUUCAACGAGGCUCUCCCCUCCGAGAGCGUUACAGGAACAUGCCUCUGGGGGCGUGGAGAGGGCGGCCUUGCAGAGGGAUUGAUUUUCACGGUUAGCGCUGAACCUCAGAUACCAAAGCUCAUUAUUGGAGGCAGAAAGUGGAUAAUUAAUUGUCUUCAAUCUCUUGCUGGAUCCAUUUAGCACAGGGGAUGAAACUAAGCGUUGGAGACUCCACAGCACUCUUCCCAGUGCAGCAGUUCGCUCCCUGUGUGCUGGAGAGUGUCGUGCGCUGAGACAGGCGGGCACCCGCACUGGCGCUGCUACAGCCAGAGCCCAGGGGCAGGGGGACUUGGAAAUCAGUGAUCUUCAAAGCACUGUUAUUUUUUGAAUCAUGCUGAAUAAAGUAAAUGCUGGACAGUUGUUUUGUGGCUGCCAGGCCUGUCGGCCCUGCACUGGUUAAUAUGCAGUUAUCUAUUACUUUAAUUGUACUGUGCAUAUUAAAUAUGUCAAGCAUUCCGCCAGAACAGCUCUAAAGGCAUUUAAGGGGGGGGGGGGCUGUACCUGCUGGUGGAGGAUUGGUCCUCAGAUGUUAAAAGGAAAAGCUGGAUUUUUUUUAAUUCUGAUCUAGAAUAUUCUUGUUUCCUGUAGUCUGGGCUGCUUUCAUAAAUAGUGAGUGUGUAUGUGUGUGCGCACGUGUGCAAGGACCUUUGCUGUCUCUGAAUGGAGCCCCUAUCCCAACGUCAUGCCAAUCAAACCUUUCCCCCACCCACCCCAUCGGCUUUCGUGUGUAUGCCAGAGUGGAAAGAAAAGGGGUUCGGUUUCUGUGGGGUUUUAGAAUUUCAAAGCUUUCUCCUAGGCCGGUUUGUCCUUCACAACCUGCAAGGAACCGGGGGCUAUUUUAACGUCCAGCUUCAGGCUGGGGAGUGACAGAAAUCUGAGAAUAACCAUGAGCUGAAAUAGCACUUCUGGGCAGCCGCGUGCUGCAGAUUGCCUGCUAGGUCUCCAGGGCUGUGGCAGGGCCAUGACAGGUGGGCUCUAGGGCCUGUCUCGCCCUGACGGCUCCUGCGUAGCUGGUCGCUCGCUGUCUGCCCUGCCUUUGGAGCAAGUGUCCCUUCUGCGGGCGAAGGGAGCGUUUGCACUCUUGGGGCGCUGCGUGACGUCACCCAGGGGCUGCCACGUUACUCGUGGCACGUCUGGAUCAGAGUCUGACUGGGGUGAGAGACGGGCCAGUGUGCCCAUCGGGGAAGGGGGCAACCGUGCCCACCUGCCACUGGUGCCCAGCUAGGACACAGUCCCUGGAAAUGGGAGACUCUUCCCAGGAGGCUACAUUGAGAAAAGAAAAGAAAAUCUUCCUGUCCCCCCUGCAGGCCCCUGCCUGCGUCCUUUCACCUCCCCCUCUGGUGAGCCAGGGGAGUGUGUGUGUGUGUUCACUGCUGAGAGGUCAGAGCACUAAGCCGGGCCAGAGAACGCGGCCCUCAGCCGUGGAGACGCCGCUGGGGCAGCUGCUGAGCCGGGCAUCACCGGGCAGGGCGCCUGCUGCAGGGGGCAGGUGGGUCAGACACGCAGCUCAGCACAGGCUGGGAGUGCAGGGGGUUGGACGUGGGUCCCAGCAGCUCCUGCGGCGGAGGUGUUGGUGUCCCCAGUAGCUGUGAAGUGCUCAAAGGAGGGGCCCGAGCCAGCGCCCGGGGCCGGCAGGGGCAAGACACCCAUUGCUUGGGGUGAGCAGGAGCUGAGUGCGGGAGUGGCUGGCUCUAGCCUAUAGGGACAGUGCAGGGGAAGGGGGGGUGAGUACCCCGGGUGGGUCUGUAGAAAGCAGGGGAGAGGAUGCAAUUCAGGUCUUUCUGCUGCCAAGCAAACCCUGUGGAUUGAUUGAGUGAUGUGAGUGCGACUGGGCCGCGGUGGGUCGAACGCUGCGUGUGGGGCAGCAGGUGGGGCCCAGGACUGCUCCACGCCUUCGGGGAGGGGCCAGGCUGCACCGGUCCCCGUCCUGGUGCCUCUGCUAUGGAAGCGCCCGUCCCCGUGCCAGGCAGGGCCCGCAGCUGGCUUCUCGCUGCUUUAACCCUACCCACGCCACCCUCGUUUGAGGGGCCCGGGGACGCCGCAGCCGCCCCAGGCAGCUUCAUUUGGGAGCUUGCGCUCGUUUGGGUAACUGUGUGGGAGACUAUGAACCCUCCCGCUCAGAGCCGGAGGUGCUGUGUCUCCAGCCCCUGCUCGCCCACUCCCAGCACAUCUGCGCCGCGAGCCGGCGCUGGAGCCCGGGCGCCUAGUGCUGUGUGACUGGGGCAGCUCUCAGCUCAAAGGGCAGGAGCUGGUUUGCUGGCUCAGCACCCCCUUGGCCCUGGCCGGAGACGCUAGGCCCCCGGGCUGAGCUGGGCAUGUCUGCGCAGUGGGUGCCUGGAGCAUCAUGUCCUUGUGGAAGGGAAGGCCAGCGAGACCCUGGGCUCAUGGCCAGGAAGGGUUACGGGGGGACCUGGCCUGUCAGGAGGUGGCCAUGAUGGCUACAGGCCACCCAACGCUGUGGCUUAGCACUUGCUAAGCAUCCCCUUGCUGGUCCCUGAGCUGCAGACACCGGCACGGUCGCUGGGCUCUUGGGGCAGCAAACACCCGCCAGGCUUCUCCAACCCAUUGUCGUGGACUCCUGCUACGGCUCAGUGCUCUGGGGGGAGCCGCGCUCCCCGUCCACCUCUCCUGCGUCACUACAUUACACCUGUAGCCACCACGGCUUCCAAAGUGCAGGGUGGAGCUCGUCGUCCGGCAGGCACUGGGCUCCUUGCUGAUUCCGGGGAAGGGACGAAUUAGAAACCGCAGGGUCUGUUUUAUCCUGUGGGGCAGAGCUGUGUGGGCAGCCAGGCCUCAGGUGUUCGACUCCCCCUGCCCCCACCAGCCAUCUUUGCAUCACACUGUUCCUCAUCUGCCCUCGGCGCAGGCCUGUCACUUACUGCUGUGGGCUGGAGAUAUGACGUGCACCCGGAUGAUACUGUCCGAACCUGUCUGCCUAUUGGUAACUGUACACGGGCUGCUCCUGUCUCUGCUGCGCAGCCUGACUGCACGUGGCUGGGCCACCAGCUCCAGAUCCCUGCCGCAUUCACAGAGCGAAGACACGAGGCGGCUGGCAGUUAAUGGAGGAUGAGAAGCAGUGUGUUUUACUGCCUUCGGGCCUGGCCUGGCCUGGCCUGGCCUGUGGCUCUGCGCUUUCCUCUCCCAUCUGCUCUAGGGCCACUCUCGGCUCUCCAGCCUUGCUGGACUCCUCAUCUUCGCGGCCUGCUCUCCCAUCUUCCCCAAGCCCCGAAUGCUGCGGCUGCCACAAGGCCACGUCACCCCCAUCUUCAGACCCCACCCUGACUCUCCUUAGGUCGGGAUCCAUCAUUCAAUGGCCAUCCUAGGGUUCACCAACAAACACCCUCCUCGGCUGGCCCCAGACCACCUCCUGGACCUUUCCCUGGCCUCCCUCGCUUCCCAGCUCCCGUCAGAUAACACUUCUCUGCAACCCCAUCCGUCCGGAACAGCCUCCCGGGAUGUUUCCACCACAUCAACUGGCCAGUUUGGGUCAAAUCUCUUUAAAUCCCUCUUCUGUGGCUAGCCCUCCCCUGGGUCUCCAGGCAGCGUCUUUAGCCCCGCUGCAUCUGUAACGUGGCAUCUCACAGGUAAUUCUGCGAGCGGCUUGGUUUGCAGUGUGGGGCGUGCACUGGGCCGAAUUCAAGUGAGAUUUGUCCUGCAUGUUGACAUCAGACCUGAAAGUGCAGCUAGAGCUCUGAACUGCUUCCAGCAGCUGCUCCUAGCUGGGAGAUGGUCUCUGCCGGCGGGGGUGGGGGAUCUGUGUGUGCACCCCUCCCCCCCACACACUUGGACCCACCGCUCUAAGGUUAGCUUUACUGUGUUAAGAAUGGGAUUGCUCUGUGCUGACACCUCCCCCCAGGCCACGUCGGUAGCACGGAUUUACCAGGAAUUUUGGGGAAGAGCUGCCAGUCGUGUAUUCACUGUUAGGAACAAACUUUCCCAACUGCCGUGUUUUGUCCUGGAAACCCCCCAAGGGAAAAUCUUCUUUCCCUGCUGUUCCCUGGCUGUUAAACGUUCGAUGGGAUGGAGAUUGUCUUCGGCCCCCGAGUAUCUUUGCACCCUUGGCAGGUGAACAAAGCCUUCAGCUCUUUGGCCCAGUAGAUUGAACGACUGGAAUUACUGUCAGUUCUGAGCGCUGAGAGCUCUGUCGCCACCACUAGGUGGAGCUGUGAGGAACUAAAACAAUCGGAAAAGGGGGGGACCUCAUUUGCGCUGGGCUGUUUUUAUCCCUGGUAGUGACAGGUCCAUUCCCCGCCGGAGCCAGUCCCACACGGGGCAGAGAAUGGGUCACUGCCCCAUUGAGCUACAUUCCCCUCAUCACUGGCGCCUCCCAGCCCCAUUUACUGAUUGCGUAGGUGUGUGCGUGCACUCGUGCCUGCGUGUCCAAAAUGGGCUGGACUCAGCUGCCUUCGAUGCCAGUGUGUCCGCACACCGCACACCCGAACACGCGUCUGCACACCCGAACGCAGGCAUUCACACACCGCACACCCGAACCCGCGUCUGCACACCCGAACGCAGGCAUUCACACACCGCACACCCGAACACGCGUCUGCACACCCGAACGCAGGCAUUCACACACCGCACACCCGAACACGCGUCUGCACACCCGAAUGCAGGCAUUCACACACCGCACACCCGAACGCAGGCAUUCACACACCGCACACCUGAACACGCGUCUGCACACCCGAAUGCAGGCAUUCACACACCGCACACCCGAACGCAGGCAUUCACACACCGCACACCCGAACGCAGGCGUCUGCACACCCGAACGCAGGCAUUCACACACUGCACACCCGAACGCAGGCGUCUGCACACCCGAACGCAGGCAUUCACACACUGCACACCCGAACGCAGGCAUUCACACACCGCACACCUGAACACGCGUCUGCACACCCGAACGCAGGCAUUCACACACCGCACACCCGAACACGCGUCUGCACACCCGAACGCAGGCAUUCACACACUGCACACCCGAACGCAGGCGUCUGCACACCCGAACGCAGGCAUUCACACACUGCACACCCGAACGCAGGCAUUCACACACCGCACACCUGAACGCUGGUGUCUGCACACCCGAACGCAGGCAUUCACACACUGCACACCCGAACGCAGGCGUCUGCACACCCGAACGCAGGCGCCCACACACAGCACACCCAAACACAGGCGUCCGCACACCCGAACGCAGGCGUCUGCACACCUGAACGCAGGCGUCCACACACUGCACCCCAAAAUGCAGGCAGGGCCUCCCGGAGGCUGAACGUGCGGGUCUGUAGAAAGUCCUGGGUUCAUGCAGCUCGGAGCUCUGCAAACCAGGGACGGUUAGCUGGGCCCAGCCCCUUGGCUCGGCAUAAUGUCCAUCCGAGCUAAGGUGUUCACAGGAGCUGUAAUCUGCAUUGUGAUCAUCCCUAGGCUUGGAAGAAGUCAUGGUCUCCUCCUCCUCACCAUAUUGGUCUUACCCUCAUCAGGAGCACAUCCGUCGCCUUCCCUUUAGGACGGGGGGCAGGGUGUUGGGCGUGUCUCUGGGCACGUUGGCAGCUUCCAGACCUGGCAUUCUGAGAACUUGAGUUGCAAGGUUUUGAUGGCCUCUGUUGACCCGUUCAGCACAUGUGGUUGGUUUUUAAGCAUCUGUGUGUAGGAGUACCGCGCUCUGGGGGUGCUGGGGAGGGUAGCCAGGGACUAGCCAUUGAAAUGCGGAUCUCCUUGAUAAGCUUUCUGGGCAGGCUGAGGCAUUUCCUCCCACUUGGCGUUCACCAAAACUACGCUUGUAAAUAGUUUUGAUAUUUAUUUUGUGUACUUUCUGCAGCUCAGUGUUCCUGGUGCCAGUGGGUGGCCGCGUUUGCCUCACGUUGGACACAGCUCAAGGCACACACCAGGCCAGUGGCCUGUUCUGGUGGGAUGAUUUAUUUUUUAAUGACGCAACAUUAAAAAGUCAAAGCAUUAAAUAUUUUUCUUCAUCUCAUCUUCUUAAAGCUGGUCGGAGCUGGUCGGCAAGACCUGGUUGCCUUCGUUGGCCCUGGCACCGUAAGCAAUAAGGUUUGUAGUAAUAAGUUCCAAGUCAGUAAAACUGAGUCUUCAGGGCCCAUGGAGGGGGUGGGGGAUCUCACUGCAGAUUGGUUUGCCUUUGCAUAGGGACCUGGUAGCUUAGAACCACCGUUUAUGGGUCUGUGCGCUCUCGUGUCUCCUUAGGACAGGAAAUCACGGACCCGAUGGCAGGGCUGGACCCAACACCAGCUGGGGAGUCUGGGGAGGAAAGCUGCCAACGGGCUUGUAUUCCAGUGUGCAUCUGACUGGGGCAAAGCCCCUGAUUAACUUAGGAAUCCCCUAAAAUGGCCAGGAUGGACCAAGCUACUUAUUAGCCUGUUGCAACUUAGGACCUUUUAACUAAUGUCCCCAUCAUGUGUCUGCUCUUCUGGUUGUGGAAAACGUAAUUCCACAGCCACAGAGGGGGUGACCUACCCGCCGGGUUCUUGCACUGAUGCUCUUAAGGCAUUUAGCCAGACUUCCUCGGGACCUGCCCAGGAUGGCUCCCAAAUGCUCCCUGGCUCUUUGCUCGGAGCUUUCUGGGAUUUUGGUCUAGGGUUUGUGUCUUUAUAAAUGUGCUCAGAAUUUUUUUCACUCUUUUUGUGCUUGAUGCGUGUCUUGGUUCUAGCCCUCAGGAAGAGCAAACCUAGCCCCAAGCUGUCUGCGUUGGAGCGUCUCGUGCUUCUAGUCCUUUAACUUCUGAUUUUUAGCCAGUGGAAUCUUUUGUUUCCUGAUGUUGGUUUCCUGGUCACAUAGGGCUCUCCCCUGCACCCCUCAAACUUCCUCCUUUGGGACAUUGUAGAAACCAGUAAUUUUCUCUUUUAAAGUGUGUGUCAACUUUCCAAUGGUAGUUCCUUUUAAUAACAAAAAGGUUUUUCUGCAUCUACAUCUGCUGCCCUUGGAGAACUUUGUAGUUUCCCUGUGACACUGAUCUGAGAAGCCCAGGACCACACGAGUCCCCUGCCGCCCCGUCUGGUACUGUAUGUAUGAGCCUAACCAAUGUGAACUUUAGAAGCAGCUAGGAGGCCUGUAGGCUGGUGCCCGUAUAGGUUGGAGGAUCUGGCUUGGAUCUGCAUUUCCAUUCUGUUCUGGGUAUUAGGAACGACUUCAGUGUGACCGGAGAAAAUGAAAUGUCUGCUGUGAAUUGCGGGUCGGAGUGUUGAACAAGGUUUUCAUUCGCUAAUGUUUACAUACCUCACCUGAAGGACCUUGGAAAGUGUAUAUAACAAAAUAAAAUUAUAUUGAGUUGCUUUAAAACAAUACGUGUAACUGUAAGAGCUGGAGUGAUCUGAACUGUCUCAAGUCUCUGAAUAGUGACGUUGUGAACUCUGUGCUCCUGUGUUUUAUUCCUGUUAGACUCUGGGAGAAGUUGUGUUCUUGUUACUGGUUAAACUCCUUCCGGAUUCCCACCACCUUGUUUUCUUUUGUUCCUUAGACAUUGAUAACGACCCAACGAGCUUUCUAAAAGUCCUGAUUUUAUUGCAGCUUAUUAAACUUCCCUUUGAUAUCGAA